CAGCCGUUCAACGUCCGCGUCAUAUGCAUCGACAUUGCCACUCGUGAUAGGUCCUACAUGGAACUGAGAUUCACCCUUCUGAUUAUUCUGAUUAACAUCAUCUUGUUUCACCAUCACCCUUUCUCCAAAACUAUCAAGAUCAUUGUGCAACCGUUCGAAGCCAACUCCGACCAAUUCACCGCCAGUAGGAAGAUGACAGACGCCAAAAAAGAGUCACAGACAUACCCCUGCAGAUGCCACUGCGGGGAAGUCAAAUUCACCAUAACACUAUCUCCGCCACUGGCGGACUACACAGUUAUGCAAUGUAAUUGCUCCAUCUGCACUGCCCAUGGAUACCUCUUGGUCUAUCCGAACCGCUCCGAUGUGAUCUUUCAUGGAAACUCCACGGACCACGUGCAAAAGUAUCAAUUUCACACGAAGAAGAAGGAUCACUGGUUCUGCUCCCACUGUGGCACAAGUUUGUUGAUCGAUUUCAAUGGCAUCUAUGAGAACUUUGAUGUUAUGGCUGUCAAUGCACGAACGAUUGAGAACAUCGACAUCAGUGCCUUGAAGUUGGAAUAUGGCAACGGUAAAAAGCUUUAAUAUGUUCACUUGAGUUCGAUGAAUAGGUUCAAAAGAGUGUACAUUGAAAGUAAAGCUAGUGAAUGAAGGUCGUAAACUCUAGUAUCCAGCCAUGUCUC